AUGGCGCCCAACCAGCUGCCGACACCAGCCAGCCUGCUCCUCUCCGCAGACCCAACCCACCCCAGCCAGAGAAAGAACAGCCCCUCGCCGCCCCUCUCCUCAGACCAUGAACCACCUCCAGAAAAAGACCGCGCUUGGGCCAUCGAACAGGACGACCUGCUGCUCCGCCAGCUCCAGUCCCAGCCAGCAGAGCUAAGACCCGCCCUGCCCCUCCUCCCACCCACCCCUCUCACCCCGCUCGAGAUCAUCAAGUCCAGCACGCUCUCGAGACUGUUCAGGAAAUCCAACCGGGUCUUCUCCCAGAUCGCCGACAGCGCCACCGGGCUCAUCGAGUCCGACUCGAGCACCUGCAACAAGCUCAACGAGCUCGUCGAGCUCCUCCGGGGCGAUCUCAGCUCGCGCUCGUGGAUCGACGUGAUCGAGCAGUCCAUCGCGCCCGCGCAAGCCGCCCCAGAGAAAGCGGACACCGGCCAGCUGCACUACCAGGUCCUCGCCCAGACCCUCGAGACCAUCCACGGCCUCUUCACCACCCCCGCCCCGAUCACCGUCCCCGCGAUCGCCAACGGCCCGCCCCAGCCCGCCGAGACCCUCAGCCCCGCCGACCAGCUCGGCUGUCUGGAGGCCUGCGCCGCCCAGCUCGGCCGCUUCCUCGGCGACAUCCAGGACUACCGCGACCGGCUCGUCGAGAUCCGCGACGGCUGUCUGGCCAUCGAGAAGCGCAGACGCGCGCUCUGGACCCUCGUCAAGCUCUCCGCCGCCGCCUUCGACCGCGCCCCUUCCCGCAAGCCCGUCACCGGCGGCCGGCCGACGGGAGGAGACAAGCCGAAGACGCCGCAGAAGCCGAAGAAAGCCAAGAAAGCCCCCCGCCCGUCGUCGCACCAGCAGCAGCAGAGGGCUGGCGGCGCGCCCUCGGACUCGGAUCCCGUCGACCAGCCCCGCCUGUCCGACUCGGCCGACUCCGUCGAGCCCGCCGUCAAGCCGCGCAAGAAGCCCGGGCCCAAGAAGGGCGCGCCCAAGAAGCCCCGCCCGCCCGGCCUGCCCCCCGCCGCCGCGCUCCUGCCCCCGCCCCCCGUCGGCCCCGCGCCUCCUGCCCCGCUCGCCCUCCACUCUGGCCCCGCCGCCUUCCCCCACCCGCCUGGCCCCCCGGCCUCCGACCCGCCCGGCGCCGCCUUCCCGCCCGCUACUGACCUCUCGCCGGCCGGACUGCUCAAGCGGAAACGCAAGAUCCCGUGA